GCUGAGGAAGCAGGAAGCGUCUGGCUGUAAGUUUUCUUAGACACUGAAUGAAUGUUAUGGUGGGCCUUUAAUAGUCAUUUAAGUGACGUUUAUGGGGCAAAGAUGAGUCUCAGAUUGGAGGACUGGGCCUAUAGUUUUUUUGAGGCUGAGGAACCUACGGAAAUGAACCAGGCUCGUCUACUGAACGACAGUGACCUACUCUUUCUCAGCUCCAGUGAUGACUUUCAGUCACCAACCACAGUCAUCCCUGAGACACCCAGAUCUGGACGUGGGGCAGAUACACCAGAGGAUCUCAUACAGGGUGCAGGGGAUCCCUCCGAACGGAGCGUGACGCCGUCAUACCGAUGGGCCAAGCGCCGGAGGUUGUCCUUCAUGGCAGCAGAUUCACAAGCUGACUCAGAUGAUGGAUCUACUGCGGGUUCAGCUGGGGGUGGCUGUGGGAGGGGAGUUGCUCCCUUAAGCACAGCACAUGGAUUUGCUACCUCAUCUCUGGUUGCCCCAAGCACCCCGGUGUCCCGUAAAUGUAGGAUUGCGCCCCCAUCAUCCUCCGUAGUGGCUUGUGCGUCUCUUGGUUACUCAGCCAAUCAGAGAGCUGAUGUCGAUGGUGAGAAACAGCCCUCUGACUUCGCCCCCAACAUGAAGUGCAGAUCAAUGAGGUGCAACAAAGGCUCUGAGCAGCACCCCAGUGCAGCCACACGGCCCAGGUCCAGGGCCUCCAAGCGGACCUCGAGUACCAUCGUGUCCCACUCACCGGGCCCCUCCAGCUCAGUGUGCGAACUGAGACAGCCCAGGAUCCCAGCGGACGAUCGGGCUUCUUGUUCGAAGCAGCCGGCCAGAACAUCAGGAGAACAGGAAGAGAUUGUCAUCAGUGACGACGAGGAUGUCAUUUUCCAGGCCAUGGUGCGUUCAGCCCAAGAGGAAGUGGAUGAGGCUUUUGCCCGAAGGCUCCAGGCACAGUUUGAUGAAGAGGAACAAGAGCUGGCCUCCUUCCGUUCGUCCCGCAACCUGUAUGACAGGCCUGGUCAGAUAGCCUGGAUACCUUCUCCUCUGUCCUCAUUUGUGAACUCCUAUCCAGGACUAUCUGAGUUUCUGGAAUUGGCAGAAGCAGCGAGACCUGCUAGACGUGGGCAUAGAUUCCGGGGCUCCCAUGGGUCCCGCCAGAGGCAUCCGGACCUAUUUGAUGACAGCCGGGGAGACAACUAUGAGGCUCUUCUGGCUUUUGAGGAGAGCCAGGGUGCUGUUAUUGCCAAGAAGACCAUGAGCACCAUAGAGAUCCAGAGGCUGCCCAUAAAAACAUUUGAACCAGCCUACAGUGCGGGGAAGAUCACGUGCCAGAUUUGUUUCUCAGAAUAUGCGGAAGGAGAAAAAUUACGGACUCUUCCCUGUCUCCAUGACUACCAUGUACAAUGCAUCGAUCGGUGGUUAAAGGAAAAUGCCACUUGUCCUGUAUGCCGAGUGGAUGUGUCAGAACUUGGUAGCUAAGGAUCCCACAUAACAGGAAAGCCAGUGCCUACCUCACUAACAGGAUUAUUUAACUACAUUUGAGGGAAGUGACUGACCUCAACAAGCCACACAGAAAUCAACUUUAAUCAUCCUGGAAAACAAAACUGGAAAGCAAAGAACUCUGAAGCUUUCUUUACCUUGAACCUUUUUAU